UGUAAGGAUUCAGAACAUUGCGCAUGUAAUAUGAUCAAUUAUCUUGCAAACCCAUACCUUACAAACUUUGAAAUCGACUUAUAAUACCGUAACCGACCAUUGAUCAACAUUCGGAAAAAAGAAAUAUCAAACAAAAGUGCUGAAUAGUGACAUUGAAAUUACUGUUCAACAAUAAAAAUAAGAUGGACCCGUCCCAAGUCAAAAUCCCCCCGGUUAAAGACCUCACCAUCGACAACAUCACCGAAAAUGUCAUUCUCAUCAACUCGCUCUGCAAAGACCCACGAAUGAAAUAUGUUCUCGAAAGGCUUGUUACUCAUCUGCACGACUUUGCACGCGAAACCCGACUCAGCUCGAACGAAUGGAUGGCGGGCAUUAAUUUCUUGACAGAAACUGGAAAGAUCUGUACCGACGUGCGACAGGAAUUCAUCCUCCUCUCUGACGUCCUUGGCCUGUCACUCAUAGUCGACUCAAUCGACCACCCGAAACCCCCAAACUCCACCGAAGGCACCGUGCUCGGCCCAUUCCACACGCACGAAGCACCGACCAUAACCCAAGGUGAAGACAUCUCGCACGAUGCCGACGGCGAGCCCUUACUUGUAGUCUGCAAUGUCAAGGAUAGGGCCGGAAAUCCUCUCAACGGUGUGAAAAUCGAUAUCUGGGAAACCGACUCGUCAGGGCACUACGAUGUUCAGCACGCUGAUCGCUCGGGCCCGGAUGGGCGUGGCGUGAUCCUUUCAGAUGAGAAUGGCGAGUUCUGGUUUAAAGCUAUUAAGCCAGUUCCGUACCCAAUUCCGCAUGAUGGUCCCGUGGGAAAGCUACUGGAGAAGUUGCAUAGACAUCCGUACAGACCGAGUCAUAUGCAUUUCAUGUUUGAGAAGGAGGGGUACGAUCAUUUGAUCACAUCACUCUAUCUUAGAAAUGAUCCCUACGAAACAUCCGACGCCGUUUUCGGGGUCAAAAAUACUCUGGUUGUUGAUCUAGGAAAAGUCGACAGCGCGCUGGCGGCCAAGUACGGCAUUGCUGAAGGAUCGUGGCUGAUGACGUAUGAUUUCGUGCUUGUGACUGACAUGGAAACGAGCGAGUUGCGUGCGUAUAAUUCUCAGAUGGCUUUGGAGAAGCUGGGUCGGAAAGUAAGGAUUGUGAAUGGGCUGCCAAUUCCGGAUUUAGAUUGAUUUUUAGGCCUGUCAAUUAACAUUCUAGGGAGAUUACCGAUUUACAAACGUGAAGAGAUACUUACUUAGAAAGAGAGUCAAAGCCUUAAUUCGAAA